AUGUUGACAGAUGUGAUCUUCAAACUUACGUUAUUUUCACGGACUUUAAUCACUGUAUUACAUACGUUGCUGCGAUAGAAGGUCAUAGUGAUUCUGCGCUGGCAACAUGGCAGACGACUUCAGCCAGUCCCUCACCCCACCAGUUUCCCCCUUCGCACCAGACAGCCUGUGUGACUUGACUCCAGCCCAGCCACCAUGCUUCAGCUGCUGUGACACAAAGGAGGAUCCAACGAGGGCCCUCUCUGCAGAUGGAUAUGCAUCGAGAGGCUCCUUGAAACGGUUACUCUUACGUUUGGACCCAGCCCCUGCAGAGUAUGAAACAGACACAGUGGAGAUCUUUGGCUUCUCUUGGGUGACAGAGACAGCAUUGGUGGAAUCUACAAAGCUCCUCUUUGGGCUGUUUAGACAAAAGAUUUACAGGCUGGAGACCUUGAUGCAGUCCAGCUCACACGACUUUGGUCAAGCAGGCAACCUCCACUAUGAAGCAGAGGACCUCAGGCAACAGUGCAUUUCAUUCCUUCAGUAUGUGAAAGUCUUUCUGCACAGAUACUUGGAGCCUCCCAGCACACUAGAGGCAGUCCCUUUACACCCCUAUGAGGAAUUGGAAGCUCAGCUCCCCUCUGCACUUCUUGAGGAACUUUUCAGCAUCACUCUCCUCAUAGGACGUCUCAAAGAUCUGCCUGUUAACGUUCAGAGUGCCUUCACUAUACAGAACCAGGGAAAGAUUUUUCCUCCUUCUUGGCAUUUGUUACACCUUCACCUUGACAUCCACUGGUCUUUACUGGAGAUUCUUCACAUACUUGGUCAUAAGAUGCAAGGCCAGGUGGUGUACGCCCACCAGUUUGUGAAUCUGACUGGAGAGAACCUGACCGAUACUAGUCUGUUUGAUGAGCACCUGUGCAGUCUGCUGUGCGACCUCACUGGUCUGGCCAUUGGCAAAUACGGAAAGGUGAGGCCUACGGAGGCUCUGAGCAGCCAUCAUUACCUCUGCUCCUGCACCAAAGAGCUGUGGGUCCUGCUCAUGCACCUCCUGGAAUAUAGGAGUAAAGUAUUGCACACACAGUCUUUCUGGAGCUAUAUGAACUCAUUGCUGAGGCCUCUGGUUUCAGGAAAACCAGCAACAGAACAGUUUAGCGGCUUCCCCACACACUGUAAAGACCCUCUGGGAUUCACAUGGUGGCUGGUUACACAUUUAGCAAUGCUAGGACAAUACAGUCGGAACGGCACGAUCCAAAGUGAGAAACCUCUGGGGGAUAAUUGGACUUUUGUGGCAGAGUUGCUCAAGUUAACUUGUAAUCCGAAGGGGGGUCUGACAGAGGAGCAGAUCAGAAUGCAUGUCCACUGCUGUCUCAGCGUUAGUUUAUUGUGGGAACCCAGCACCAGCGCUGUGUCCACACUCUGGGACUACUACAGCAAAAAUCUGAGCGCCUCGUUCACUGUGCCGUGGCUCGGGGUGUCUGGACUGGGCACUCUGUGCAAGACGCCCCUAGCUCUGUUAGAACAGGCCCGCAGCUGUUGUUGCCCUUCUCCCCUCCACUCCUCAGGACACACCCAACUGUACCGCUCAGCCAACUCCUUCCACAUCUUCCUGCGUGUUCUGGCCCUGUGCCUCGCCCAGGACAGGGCUGGUGGAGCUCCACAGAGGCAGAUCAAAGGAAGGAUUUACUCCAAGUUCUCCUCAAAGAAGAUGCAGGAACUGUCCGAAGCAGGCCUCAUGAAUUUCCUGCUGCUGUUUUUGGUGGUGGCUCGACAGGUGGAGCUGGAGGACGUGGCCGGCAGAGCCUGUGAGCUGCUGGGCUUCCUCCCCUCCAACUGCCCCCCUGGACACCGCACCCUGGUCUGGAGGGGCCAGCUGUCACUACUCCUACUGUUUCAGGAGAGAGGUCUGGAUGUUGGGGCCCAGGCUAACUGGCUUGCUUCUUCCUUUAAUGACACAGCCAAAGAGUUCUACAAUAAGAAUACCGAGGUGUCUCGCAGACUAGCCCUCUGGGGGCCCCUUGGCUCGUACCUGGAGGGUGUGGCAGAAGUGUUUGAGACAAGCACGAGCCUAAGCCUUUCAGAAGAAAAAUUGCUUAAUGAAGGCUUUGAUUGGUUACUGCCUGCCUGCUGCCACCGCCAGUCGGAGCUGAAUUCUGCCUUGGGCUUCCUGCAGAUUGUACUCGCCCAGCUCAGGCGGGUCCAUCAGCGUAGUGUCCAUUUAACACCCACCUUGGGCUGGGCUCCCAAGGCCAAUGUGAUGAAAGAGCGCCACCUAGCGGUAGCAGCAGCUCUGUGGGCACACUUCUUCCCCUUCCUCCGCAGUCGACGCCUCUAUGAGACCCCUCCGCCACAGCUGGCAGAUGCUGCUGCAGGCUUCACCCUGCUGGCCUUCGACCUGCCCAGCUCCGCCCCUCAGGACCUCCAGCCCAACCCGGUCCAGUCCAUCAUACAGAUCUUUGGCUGGGAUGACACGGUUCAUCCUCUUCUAGUAACACGUUAUCUUCCCCAUGUGCUCCAAAACAGUGAGCUGGUGAGUUCUCUUAGUAGUGAGUCCGGCGUUGCUGUACCAGGAUCAGCACAGAGUCUGUCAGUGAGGGCCUGGUUCCGCUGUGUUCUGCAGCAACACCUUCACAAGAACCCAGAUGGAUCUGACAGUAGAACAGCCAGGACUGUGGAGGAACAGUUGUGUGAACUGACCCGGCUUGUGUUAAGGCUCCCUGAGGUGGACACUCUCCUGCAGAACGCUGGCCUGCAGCCCACAGCCAACAAGCUAGAGCCCAGUGUAGCCCUGGAGAUGUUUAUCAAGGCUGUCGGCAGCAUGUACUGUGGCCUGCAGACUCUCUCUGAACGUUCCACUAUGGUCUCCAGAGCUCUAGACUACAUUGGAGAUACCCUGAAACACAUUAAACCCUCUUUGGUCAGCAAGAACCAAGAGACUUUACAGCUGACCUAUUGGGCUUUUGGCUGCAUAGUGAAGCACUGGAGCCCCCUGUUGGCCACCUCGAAAGCUCAGACCCUUCUGUUCAACAUUGUUAACGGGCUGCUGCUUCCCCACCACCUCACACAGCAGGACAAAGCACUCAGGGACAGCCUGCCACUGUAUCUACAGGGUCUGUUGGUAGCCUCCAGCGUGUCUCAGUCUUCGGGUGCCAACCUCAAGCAGCAGCUGCAAGCCGUUACUCGUAGAUAUCUGGACCAUUUCCUCCCUGCAUCACCUUCCAUGGGCAUCAUCGCCAAUCACCCAGUGCUUCUGGGCGCCUGCGAGUCCAGUCCAAGCCCCCGUGGAGUAGCACUGAGGAGAACUAUCAUUGAAGUGCUGUGUGAGAGCUUUCUGCAGUUCAAAGGUCACGCCCCUCCUCCUCGCCUGGCAUCAGUCCUCAUGUUCCUGUUUGAGCUUCUUAGGCGAAACCGUGACACAGACCCCACCCUCCUCACUCUGCCACUCCCCCCUGUGCUGCGCUGUGUGAUGCUGGUCAAUGAGCCGCAGGUGAGGAAGACGAGCACAGAUGCUUUACAGCUUGUGGUGGAACGAUGCGCUGCUGCAUCUUUAGAGGGACCAUGUGAGCAGAUGAUCACUGUCUUACGGUCGUUUGUGGAGAAGAAUGCAGGAGUCUACGACAGGCAGGUAUACGGCGUCUUGGAGUCAGUGUCUGUGUUGGAUCCCUCUGUGGUUCGAGCUCUCAUUCCCGACCUGUCUCUGAGUCUGAGGAACACCGAACACAAGAGAGGCCUGGGCAAGAACGCGGCGUUAAGGAGUGCAUAUAAGAAGUUGCUGAGCCUCCUUGGGGAGAGUGGGCAGGCAGAAAUAACCGCUCUGGAAGAGGACUAAAGAAGGGAAAAAAAAAAAGAAGGAUCAGCUCGAGGACCUGAAGUCAGUCUCAAGAAUCUGUUCUUAGUCAUACCCAGCUUUUUCUAUUUCUGCCAAAUUCCUUGAUUUGGUUGUCAAAGUACAGCUGCCUACAUGAUUAUUUUACAAAAUGUGAGUAUCAGCCCUUAUAAUGAUAAAACCUGGGACAGAAUGUUUGCUUCCAUUAACUCUAAUCAUGGACUAGAUACCUAAUAACACAGUUGUAUUAUAUUGUACAUUUUAUAAAAAAAAAAAAAA